UGUAGACUCAAGAGGUGUGAACCGGGCAGAAGAAACCGGUGCUGGCUGGGGAAUAGGCUCUUGAACACCGGCGAGAUCCCACUUUGAGGAUUUAUGAGCUGGGUGUGGGGAGCGCACGUGAGGCGGCGGCGCCGGCGGCCGUUGGAACACCAUGGGGGUGAUAGGUGUGCAGCUGGUGGUUACCAUGGUGAUGACUAGCAUCAUACAGAAGAUCAUACCUCACUACUCUCUUGCCCGGUGGCUUCUUUGCAGUGGCAGUUUGCGGUGGUACCUACAUCCCACAGAAGAAGAAUUACGUAUUCUUGCAGGAAAACAACAAAAGGGAAAAAGCAAGAAAGAUAGGAAGUACAAUGGUCACAUUGAAAACAAACCAUUAACCAUUCCUAAAGACAUUAAUCUUCAUCUGGAAACAAAAUCUAUCACAGAAAUAGAUGCAUUGGCCUUGCAUUAUUUUCCUGAGUAUCAGUGGUUGGUGGACUUCACAGUUGCAGCUACAGUAGUGUAUUUGGUAACUGAAGCCUACUAUACCUGGAUGAAGCCUUCUCAAGAAAUGAAUAUCAGCAUAGUCUGGUGUUUGCUUGUUCUCGCUUUUGCAAUCAAAAUAUUGUUCUCAUUAACUACACACUACUUUAAAGUUGAAGAGGGAGGUGAAAGAUCAGUCUGUGUAACUUUUGGUUUCUUUUUCUUUGUCAAAGCAAUGAUAAUUCUAGUUGUAACAGAAAACUACUUGGAAUUUGGACUUGAAUCAGGUUUCUCCAAUUUUUCAGAAAGUGCAGUGCAAUUUUUUGAAAAACAAGGCUUGGAAUCCAAGGGUCCUGUUUCCAAGCUAACCUUCAAACUUUUCCUGGCUGUCCUCUGUUCACUUAUUGGAGCUUUCUUGACAUUCCCUGGUUUGAGGCUGGCUCAGAUGCAUCUCGAUGCUUUGAGUUUAACAACUGAAAAAAUCACUCAAACUCUGCUACAUAUAAACUUCCUGGCACCUCUGCUUAUGGUGUUGUUAUGGGUAAAGCCAAUUACCAAGGAUUAUAUUAUGAACCCGCCGUUGGGAAAAGAAAAUGUGCCUUUAAUGUCAGAAGCUACAUUUGAUACUCUAAGGUUGUGGAUUAUAAUUCUCCUAUGUGCUUUGAGGUUGGCCAUGAUGCGUAGCCACCUCCAAGCCUAUCUGAAUUUAGCACAGAAAUGUGUGGAUCAAAUGAAAAAGGAAGUUGGAAGAAUAAGUACUGUUGAAUUGCAGAAAAUGGUGGCCAGAGUGUUUUACUAUCUGUGUAUAAUUGCUCUGCAGUAUGUGGCACCUCUGGUUAUGCUGCUGCACAUGACCCUUCUGUUGAAAACUUUAGGUAACUAUUCGUGGGGCAUUUAUCCAGAAUUAACUUCAGUUUUACCAACGGAGAACGAUCCACAGAGCAGUUCAGUAAGCUCUGAAUCUUCAUCUGAUGAUAGACAGAUGAAGGUAACAGUAAUACAGCUAACAAUGGCCCUGGCUAGCCUGAAGAACAUUUUCACUCCACUCUUAUUCAGAGGACUCCUUUCAUUUCUCACUUGGUGGAUAGCUGCUUGUCUCUUUUCCACAAGCCUUUUUGGGCUGUUCUACCAUCAAUACUUGACAGUAGCAUGAUUUUAGAAAGCAGCCAUUCAAAGCAAGAAGUCUAUGUUCCCCAACACAGCAGAAGAAUAUUGGAAGAAGUAACGUAAUAAAGUUUUAUUCCUUUAAUACCUCUUCUGUGUUCACAAGCAAUGUAGUGUGUAAUAACAAAAAUCAUGGCUUUGUAACAACAUUACCUAAAAUUGUGGGCUGAAUUAUGGGAGGGCUACUUCGAAAUUUGUUUAAGUAUCUUUUGUUUUCAUGAGUUCCAUCCUGUCCUGGGAGCAUUAUGUAUUCAGUCAUUGAUUGGCUGAUCUUAGUGGUGUUAAAAUAAAAGGGUAAUAUUAAUGAUGACUGCUUAAAGUGAACUUUCAACUGAGCCGUAUAAGGAGUCAGAAACUUGGAUUACUUUUCUUUUGAAAAGCAAACUAAUUCCAUGGGACAAAAGAAAUACUGUAUAUUACAGUACAGGAAACUUGUCUCAAUAGAGUUUGUUGUCAAUAAAAUGCACGGAAUGCAGAAAAAUUGUCCUGCA